CGGAGUUAGAAAAGUUUAACUAGCCCCUGUGAAUAGAUUGGCCAUGAUUACCGGAGACAAGAGCAACUGAGCGCUGUCUAUGUCUUCCUCUAAAUAACGCGCUAAAAGUCGCGUCAAUUAACGCUGCACGCUGUCAAAACGCCAUAAUGUGCCAUAAAUGCAAAUAGCGGGACAAUCGUAAUAUUAGUGUCUGCAUCGAAAGAUUACAAGGGAAAAGCGCUUUGACGAGUUUCCUGAAAAUGCCGGGAAGCUAAAUGUAGUUGAUCUCCUUUAUUAGAAUACUGGAUUUGAAGAUGUCCGAAAGCUGGUGCGUGAGUGGCGCCCCGGUCGCCCCUGGGCAGCGGACGCUGCAGCUGGCGCUCCGCGGAGACUGGGCUGCGGUGGAGCAGAGCAUCAGGGCGGUACAGAGAGGAGAGCCGGACAUCGCGCAGGUUGACGAGGAGUCCGGCUUGAGUUUACUCAUGAUUGCAGUCAAAGAGAAUCGGCUGAGUAUAAUCGAGAGGCUGCUUGAGCUGGGAGUGAACCCGAAUGAACGUGCCAAGGAUGGGCGAACCGCUUUGCAUGUGGCUGCCACACACUCCAAGGAGGAGGUCAUCAGGCUGCUGGUGAAGCGGGUGGACCCCAACGCGCUGGGAGGGGCCAAGGAUCAGCUGGCCCUGCACUGUGCCUCUGCCCGCCCGGCCGGUGCCCACGCCGCUCUCCAGACCUUGCUCAAGUUUUCCAGCAGAGAGGCACGCCUCGUACAAGACAAGGACGGCUGCAUUCCUCUGUUUCUAGCUGUCGAGGCGGGAAAUGUCGGCAUCGUGAAGGAGCUUCUUGGAGCCAUGACAGAACCUCAGCUCAGAGUCCAGAGGAAGGGUUCAGGAGAUGCUGCUCUCCAUAUCUGCUGCAGAAGACGAGAUGUGGAGAUGGCCAAGAUCCUGGUGGAGCUUGGGGCGACCGUGGACCUGCAGAACGACGAAGGGCAGACGCCUCUCCACGUGGCCGCCUGGGAGGGAGACGAGCUCCUGCUCAAGUUCCUCUACCAGUGCAAGGCUAACCCCAACAUUGCGGAUAAGAUGGAUCGGUCUCCUCUGCACAUCGCCGCAGAACGUGGCCACACAAACGUGGUGGAGGUCCUGACGGAGAAGUUCAAGUCUAACGUGUUGGCACGCACCAAGGAUGGCAGUACCCUCAUGCAUAUCGCCUCCCAGUGCGGCCAUCCCGAGACUGCACUGGCUUUCCUGAAGAAAGGCGUGCCCCUGCACAUGCCCAACAAGUCGGGUGCCGUUUGCCUGCACGCCGCCGCCAAGCGCGGCCACACGGCUGUAGUGAAGGCCCUGCUCCUCAAGGGGGCGCAAGUGGAUGCCACCACCAAGGAUGGCUACACUGCGCUCCACGUCGCCGUGCAGAACUGCAAGCCCCUGGUGGUGCAGAUGCUGCUAGGCUUCGGGGCGCAGGUCCAGCUCAAAGGGGGCAAGGCCAUGGAGACCCCCCUACAUAUCGCUGCCGCAGUGAAGGAAGGCGAGAGGGUGGCAGAGAUGCUGCUGAAGAGCGGGGCUGACGUCGACGCGCGGCAGGAGAAUGGGGAGACAGCCAUGCACAAAGCAGCUCACCAUGGCAACCUGCAGAUGCUGAGGGCCCUGAUUGAGGAGGGUGGAGAUCUCACCAGGCGCUCUAAGGCUGGGGAGAACCCACUGCACGUCGCCGUGCGCCACUGCCACGCCCGCGUGGUGGAGGAGAUCCUCGCCUACCUGGCCAGUCAGAUGGGCCGUGAUGAGGCCCAGCAAUGCGCCAACCAGGAGAACCAGGAAGGAGAGACGCCAUUACACCUGGCUGCAGAGCUCGAGACGGACAUGACCCACUGUGAAGGAGAAGACAUCCGCGUCAUCAAGACCCUUAUGGAGUAUGACGCAAACGUCACUGCGGCCACUAGAAGGACAGGGGAGACCCCUUUGCAUUACUGUGCCCGGGUUGGUAACACUGGCAUCUUAAAGGAGAUUCUCACCAAUGUGAAGCUCAGCCAGGUGCAGCAGGCUGUUAACAAGCUGGCCAAGAAUGGCUGGACACCCCUGCUUCUGGCUGCCGAGAAGGGCCACACGGAGGUAGUCACCAUCCUGCUCGAGAGCCAAGCCCGGGUGGACGUCUUUGAUGAGCACGGCAAGGCCGCCCUUCACCUGGCAGCGGAACAUGGCCACGAGGAGAUCGCUGACAUCCUGCUCUCCCACAAGGCCUUCGUCAAUGCCAAAACCAAGCUGGGCAUGACCCCGCUUCACCUAGGCGCCCAGAGCGGCUCCACCCAGCUCGUGCAGCUGCUGGUGGAGACGCACCAGGCCAGCAUCGACGCUCUGUCCCUGAACAAACAGACACCCCUGCAUCUAGCUGCUGCCAGAGGACAGCUUGACGUCUGCAGCUGUCUACUCAACAUGAAGGCCGACGUCAAUGCCUGUGACAUGCAUGGACAGACCCCCCUGCACCUGGCGGCGGAGAACGACCACUCCGAGGUGGUGAAGCUCUUCCUGAACCACCGUCCCGAGCUGGCCACACUGGCCAACGUGGAGGGAGCCACCUGCGGCCAUAUUGCCGCUUCUAAGGGCAGCGUGGCCGUAAUCAAGGAGCUCCUGAAAUUCAACAAGGGGGGUAUGACAUCCCCCCACAACAAGACAAAGGGCUCUUGUCCAUUGCACCUGGCGGCCAGCGGGGGUCACUCUGAGGUGGUUAAGGUACUGCUGGAGGCAGGGGCAUCUGCAGCCGAGGAAAACGCUGACGGGAUGACUGCAAUUCACUUAGCGGCCAAGAACGGACACACACACGUGCUGGAGGAGCUCAAGGGCAGCAUCUCCUGGAAAAUUAGCAGCACCAAGUCGGGACUCUCGGCCCUCCACGUUGCCGCCCGUUACGGCCAGGUGGACUUCGUGAGGGAGAUCCUCACCAAGGUGCCGGCCACCAUGCGCAGUGAGCCCCCUUCUGCCAGCAACCGGGACAGUGUGCCGCGCCAUCAGUUGCCCAUAGAGUCCGGGUACACUCCCCUGCACCUGGCCGCCCAGUCCGGCCACGAGAGCCUAGUGCGGCUGCUGCUGAACUACCCCGGGGUGCAGGCGGACGCGGAGACGGACGUACAGGGAUCCACCCCUUUGCACCUGGCCGCCCAAAACGGCCACACGGCGGUGGUGGGUCUCUUACUGAGCAAGUCCAGCUCGUAUCUGCAGCUGAAGGAUCGGCAGGGACGCACCUGCCUGCACCUGGCAGCGGCCAAUGGGCACAUCUCCAUGGUUAGGGUGCUGCUGGGACAGGGGGCUGAGACCAAUCACACGGACAAGGACGGUUGGACCCCCCUGCACUACGCGGCCAAGGCGGGCCGCCUGGCCAUGGUACGCUUCCUGGUGGAGAGCGGGGCGUCGGCUCGCCUGGAGUGCCAACAGGGCCGCACCGCCAUCCAGUACGCGGCGGAGGAGAACCACCAGGGCACCGUCAGCUUCCUGUUAUGCCGGGGAAGCAACACCCUGCGGCUGCUGGAGGACAGGAAGUUCGUCUUCGACCUGAUGGUGUGCGGGAAGCUGAACAACAACCGGGUCCUGCAGGAAUUCGCGCUGCACUCGACGGCACCGCUGGACACGGCCGUGAAGCUGUCGCGGGCGCUGGGCCUGGCGGCACUGCGCGAGAAGGAGCGUGCCGUGGACCUCCUGGCGGCGGCGCGCUACUGCGAGGCCAUGGCCACCGAGCUGCUGACCGCGGCCUCGGGGGGCACCGUGGGCACCGCCGCCAUCCUGCGGGCAGUGGACCACCGCGGCGCCAGUGUGCUGGACUGCCUCAUCGAGGGCCAGCAGAAGGCCACCGUCUCACACCCGGCCGUGCAGAAGCACCUGACCGAGGUGUGGUACGGCAGCCUCAGGUGGCCGUCCUGGUGGAUCGCCUUGCUCUUCUUUGGCCUGUUGGCGUGCCCCCCCCUCUGGUUGGUCCUCUCGCUGCCCCUUGGGCACCGCUUCAGCACCAUCCCCAUCGUGAAGUUCAUGAGUCACCUGGUGUCGCACAUCUUUCUCCUGAUUCUCUUCAUCCUCACCAUAGUCUACCCUCCGGUCAACCCUAUCCACCAAGGUCACCUGUGGCCAGACUGGAGCGAGUGGUUGCUGCUGCUCUGGUUGUCGGGGAUGCUGGUGUCGGAGCUGACUCAGCCCGGACAGCGAGCCGGCCUGGCCUGGAUCCGACUGCUCGUCCUGGGCUUCUCGGCAGUAGGCUUCUUCUGCCACCUGCUAGCCUUCGCUUUCCUGUCCCCCGCUCACCUCCACUGCCUGUUCGCCCGCAACAUCUUCCUGGCGGUUGCCAUGACACUCAGCUUUGUGCAGCUUCUGGAGUUCCUGACCUUCCACCACCUGUUUGGUCCCUGGGCCAUCAUCAUCAGGGACCUCAUGAAGGACCUGGGCCGCUUCGCGGUCAUCCUGGUUCUCUUCCACACUGCGUUCACUAUGACUCUCUCGGCCGUCUACCAGCCUGUCUAUCCUGUGGGCUUCACUUGCGACCCCGAUGGAGACAAUAGCACUGACAUACAGACGCCCCUGGAUAUCUCCAUCCAGCUGUUCUUCGCCCUCUUCGGCCUCAUUGAGCCCGACUCCAUGCCGCCCCUGAGCCGGUCCCCGGCAUUCGCCGGUGUGGUCACCCGCGUGGUAUUCGGGAUCUACCUGGUGGUGACGGUCAUCGUGCUCAUCAACCUGCUGAUCGCCAUGAUGAGCGACACCUACCAGCGAAUCCAAGCCCAGUCCGACACCGAGUGGAAGUUCGGCCGGGCCGUGCUCAUCCGGGACAUGAACCGCAAGUCUGGCACCCCAUCCCCCUUUAACCUCUUUACCAACCUCUUCUUCUACAUCAAGGUGCUCUGCAAACACGGAGGGAAGGUCUGCUCUUCUGAGGCCAGAGACCUGAUGACUGAUGAGGAGGACACUGAGGGUCUCUCAGAAACAAGGUCUCUGGACAUGUUGGCGAAUACCUCCAUUGGCUGGAUGAGGAGCAACAAGAGAACACAGGUUCUCCCAGAAGGUGGCUUUGCACGGCCCUCCAGGACCAGUGGGCAGGUGCGUGUGGAGCAGGUGACAGACUGGCAGAUGGUGUCACAGCGCUACCUCGCCCUGAGGGGCCAGAGUGAUGAGAACUUGCUGGAGAGGGAUGCCAUCUUCCAGUAAGAACUCUCCACAACCCAACCUGGAUCAUGGUCCUCUGACAGGGUUCCCUAACAAGGUGGAGGAUACCGGACUACGUGUGACAGUAUUACUGCCCUGCCUGUCUCCAUCUGUCUCACCUUCUCCAUCCCAGGAAGACAAAUUAUGUUUACAGUCUCAUGUUAGAGCCAGAGUCAUCAAAUUUUGAUUUGUGUUCAUGAUUCACUGGACACUGUACUUUAAGCAUUAUGUGAGAGGUUCAUGGUAAAGCAACUUUGGCUAAACAUACCCAGAAGUAUAUAGGAUCUAUACUGCCGAUUAAACUUUAAGGAAGGCUUGUUUCAUCUGAUGAGGUGUCUCCUCAACAAAAUGCUGAAUACUUCUAGAAAGAAACCUCUAUGUUAUAUAUUUUUGUGAUGCAACACGACAGAUCACAUUCUGUUUAAAAACAUUUAAAUAGAACCAUUUUUCCGUAAUGCAUGAAAACCUCGUUGCGAAUUAUUUGAAACAAGUUGUCAUGUCGAUAUGCAGACAGUCUGGCUACAGUUAAGAUGAACAUCACAGUCACAUUAAUUCAUACUUAUCGCCUUGAAUUUAGAACCUGGUGGGACUGAUAAAAAUUGUAUGGGAAUAACCCAGGAUGGGAUGCCAGUUUAUCGCAGGGCUCACACACUAUUCAUGCUUAUGGGGAAUUUGGUAACUCCAGUUAACCUUAGUAUGAAUUUGGACUGUGAGGGGAAACCCCAAAAUAACACUUGGAGGCACCCAAACCCCAGACCAUUCACCUGAAGCACAGUCAUACCACCCAGCUUUGACCCCACCCAAGCAGGCCUGCUAGUCUGUGGGCACAGUGCCUCCUCUGUCCAUCCACUCAGCUCUAACCCCACCCAAGCAGGCCUGCCAGUUUGUGGGCACAGUGCCUCCUCUGUCCAUCCAUCCAGCUCUAACCCCACCCGAGCAGGCCUGCCAGUUUGUCGGCACAGUGCCUCCUCUGUCCAUCCACCCAGCUCUAACCCCACCCGAGCAGGCCUGCCAGUCUCUGGGCACAGUGCCUCCUCUGUCCAUCCACUCUGCACUAACCCCACCUGAGCAGGCCUGCCAGUAUGUGGACACAGUUCCUCCUCUGUCCAUCCACUCUGCACUAACCCCACCCGAGCAGGCCUGCCAGUCUCUGGGCACAGUGCCGCCUCUGUCCAUCCACUCUGCACUAACCCCACCUGAGCAGGCCUGCCAGUAUGUGGACACAGUGCCUCCUCUGUCCAUCCACUCUGCACUAACCCCACCCGAGCAGGCCUGCCAGUAUGUGGACACAGUGCCUCCUCUGUCCAUCCACCCAGCCCUAACCCCACCCGAGCAGGCCUGCCAGUCUCUGGGCACAGUGCCUCCUCUGUCCAUCCACUCUGCACUAACCCCACCUGAGCAGGCCUGCCAGUCUCUGGGCACAGUGCCGCCUCUGUCCAUCCACUCUGCACUAACCCCACCUGAGCAGGCCUGCCAGUAUGUGGACACAGUGCCUCCUCUGUCCAUCCACCCAGCUCUAACCCCACCCGAGCAGGCCUGCCAGUCUCUGGACACAGCGCCUCCCCUGUCCAUCCAACCAGCUUUGAUCCCACCCGAGCAGGCCUGCCAGUCUCUGGACACAGCGCCUCCCCUGUCCAUCAUACUCUCUGCCCUGUUGACUGUGCAGAACAGCAGGUCCCAGGCCACGGCAUACAUGUCUAUGUGACAACUUGUUUUAAUUAAUUUGCACAAGAGUGUAUAGUUAGUAAUGGGGUUUUAGCAUAAUUAAGUAAUGCACUAAAGCUUUGAACAUACCUGGUGUCAUUUUUACAAAGGGUUGUAAAGAACUUUGUACUAAAUGUUUCUUUCGUACUAAAUCUUAGUCAAAGGUUCAUGUUCCUUUGCAAAUGACUUCUGAAAAAACUCCUUUGCAAUCUGAUUCAGGUCAGUAAUUUAAUUCCAACUGCUAACAAAGCCACUCCGGCUGAUUGGACCUGUCAUAUCUUAACAAAUAUAGCAAAUUGAUUGUA